AUGACAGCAGAUUAUGUAGGCACUAAUUGGGACGAGAAUGGUUCCAAAGAUGCUCAUCACCACCCACCUAAUAACAGCAUUAUUGAAGCCCCACCUUCUAAUAGAAGAACUCUAGAUACCUUUGGCCAGAGAACUUCAAUAUACCGUGGCGUAACAAGACAUAGAUGGACUGGAAGAUAUAAAGCUCAUCUUUGGGAUAAUAGCUACAGAAGGGAAGGACAAUCAAGAAAAGGUAUCCAAGUGUAUUUGGGUGGAUAUGAUAAAGAAGAUAAAGCAGCUAGAGCUUAUGAUUUGGCUGCAUUGAAGUAUUGGGAAACAUCCACUACUACCAACUUUCCUAUCGGCAACUAUGAGAAGGAAUUGGAUGAAAUGAAACACAUGACAAGACAAGAAUUUGUAGCCGCCAUAAGAAGGAAAAGUAGUAGUUUCUCGAGAGGUGCAUCAAUGUAUCGUGGAGUUACAAGGCAUCACCAACAUGGGAGAUGGCAAGCAAGAAUUGGAAGGGUCAUCGGAAACAAAGAUCUUUACUUAGGAACAUUUAGUACGGAAGAAGAGGCUGCAGAAGCUUAUGACAUAGCAGCCAUCAAGUUCAGAGGCCUUAAGGCCGUUACAAACUUCGACAUGAGCCGUUAUGUCAACAAAUUUAGCAUAUGGGACAAGUCAAGCAUGGAUAUAAAAUAUGCAAGUAGAUUGACAUCUUGUUGA